AUGUCCCACAGAGAAACACCACCAGCGCCAGCACGGUUGCCGCGCUGGGGCCAGAGCAGCUCAAACCCAUCGGCAUUUGACUGGGAGCGACGAACACAAUAUCUCCGGGAAGCCAAUCGACAGUCCAUAGAGAGCCUCCAACACCAUUCAGCUAUUUCAGAGCAUUUUCGAGCACAAUUUCAAGCAUUGCGUCACCUCGAGCGCCGCGGUCCGGGACUUCAACUGCACAAUCCACCGGGAAUGGAACGCCGCAAAUCAUGGCCUGAGAAGUACAUGGAGUUAAGAUCAAAGAACAAACUGGUACUAAAAGAAGUCCUCGGACGACCUAAUGAAGGUUGCUUCAUCCACACAAACGAGAUUGCUUUUGACAUAAACUACAACAGAGGGGCAGCGAUCUUCUGGACGGGUGUUCAUCGAGGCGACGCCGGCAUGGUCGACGGUUUUGCAGACGACGUCAUCCUGGUCAUUACGAAAUCCAGGGCAAUUUUCAUUCGUUUGAAUGGCUCCUGCUCGGUCGAGGAGAUUGAGCGCGCUUUUGUGCAGAUCUGCUAUUAUACCGAUCGGGAUUUGCUGUGGUAUGUCCUUCAUCCGCCGAAGUGCUUUGUGCACUGGUUCCGGCCCAUGGAUUACAAGACAGGGGCAUUCCUCUACCAAGCACGCGUGGAGCAGCGCGUUAGGGCUAUUGAGAGGUUGUUAAAGAAGCAGCUGAAUAGUUCUGGAGGAUGUGAGAUUUCGGUUCACAAUGUCUUUCCGAGGAAAGAGAUGUGGCAACCGGCUACUUUGAGCAUCGAAGUUCUGAACUAUAAGAACCAGAGGAGGAUGGUAGUUCAACUACAUCGCCUACCAAAAGGACCAUCAGCAAUCAAAAGCAUGGCGACUCUCAUCUAUGCUGCUCUCGUCGCCUACCACAAAAGCAAGUCAAAAGCAGCGGACGAAUCAUUAUUGUCUGGAACCACCGGCAUCAAAAGAACAACUCCUAUUCCGCCUCAUACUCCAAACUUUGAAACACCAUCAUCCAUCGAUGAUGAUGAGGAAGAACACAGAAUUCUUUUUCCUCAUCCCGAUGCACCAAACACUACCUCGCAGUCGUGCGCUAUUUCAAAUGAUACAGCAUGCCAAGAGCAUUCCACUCAACACUCGGAUUCAAUCAGCUCUGCUAUUCGUACAACUAAAAAUGAUGAGAGUGUUAAUUUAUACGGCGCUGCGGUAGUUUACAUUGAAAAACGAGAAAACGCCAGCAGCAACAACGAAGUCCAAUCUUACACAUCACAUUUAGCGAUGGGAAAGAAGCUAAAAUUCGUGUCCAUCAACCCUAUCAAGAUUUGUGCCUCCUCACUGCAUGGGCAGGAUGAUCUAGUUAUUUGCUAUUUUGGCGGGUGCCUGUUAGCCAUACGAAUUCCUGUGCCAAGCGUACCACUUGGAGUGUUGCAGACAUGGACGGAGAAUAUUCUCAAUGCGCUGGAAACUUCAUCGCUGCGAAGACCUUGUCCGAAUUAUGAUGCUAAGCUGGUUUGUAUCAAGCAUGUUUUAUCGCACGAAACAAGAAUAUAUCACUUGGAAAUCCUGCUCGAACUAUGGAAGAGGAAGAAGGCUAUUCGUUGGUACAAGGACAGUUUAUCUCUUUGCGACAGAUGGUGGAUGGCUAUUUCACAUACAAAAGCGUGA